GCAGGAUUCAGGGACAGGUCUUGAGCUUAGGUGCAUUGCCUCUGAGCAGCAUAGAGACUCACUGACCCCAGAACGGCUGUCCUUCCAGGAUGUGGCUCUAUACUUUGGUCUUGGCUUCUCUCUCUGCUUGCGCGGCAUGGGGACACCCGUCCUCGCCCCCCGUGGUGGACACUGUGCAUGGCAAAGUCCUGGGGAAGUACGUCAGUCUGGAAGGAUCUGCGCAGCCCGUGGCCGUCUUCCUGGGUAUCCCCUUUGCCAGGCCCCCUCUUGGGCCCCUGAGGUUUGCUCCACCGCAGCCGGCAGAGCCCUGGAGAUCUGUGAAGAACACCACCUCCUACCCUCCUAUGUGUUCCCAAGAUGCAGUGCGGGGGCAGAAGGUCUCUGAUCUCCUUACCAAUAGGAAGGAGAACAUUCCCCUCCAGUUCUCUGAAGACUGCCUCUACCUGAACAUUUACACUCCUGCAGACCUGACCAGGAGAAGCAGCCUGCCG